CAAUUAGAGGUGGGCGUAAAUUGUCAAUAACAUCAAAUCCCACAAAAUGAACUUUUUAAAAAAUCACAAGCAAGAUGGAGAGCUCUGGCGAAUGCACCAGUCCGUACACAGAUGCUAGCCCAAGAUUUAUGGCGAUGCUGCAGGAAGUGGAACCUCGGGUGGCUCGUCGUCGCCUUUCUCAGGCUCGACACCGUGCAAAGCUGGCAGGUCUUUUCAAUCACCUACGAGAUACAGUGUGUCCUGUUUCCAAGAGGACCAAAAGAAUAACUUCAAAAUGGCAGGUACUACGCAAAGCAAAAGGCUAUAUCCUGGACUUAGAAAGAAAACUUGAAAAUCUGCUGAAACUUAAAGAAACAUAUCAUUUGAACGAUGGUCAGCCAUCAAGCCUGGAAGAAGUAAAAGAGCAAUAUAUUGGUUACUACGAGGAACACAGUGACAUGGCUUCAGUAGAUUGUCCUGGUAAGACAAGAGUCAGUCUUUGGCAGUGGUUGAGAGAAUAUAGAAGUCAUCCCGCAGAGAAUGAUGUGAAAUCAGUCUGUUCCCAGUCUCCUGUGAAAUCCUCUGCAGAACUCCUUGAAUUUGAAGGCUACUUGAAUUUUUAUAAAGAAACAGUAGACCUUUUGGUGGAGAAUAAGAUUGUAUCGAUGGAACAGAUCACCCUCCCCAUUGUAUCCAAAGCAAUUUCUCACCUCUGGCAAGAAAUGUCUGUGGAGGGGAAGACAGACAUCUUCAAGAAAUGCUCUCAAAGUGCGUGUUUCUCCCCAGGCGAGCAAAUCACCUUGCAGAUACCUUUGUCAAUGGACUGUUUGGCGAGGGACCAAGUCUUAGACAGCCAGGGAGCAAGUGGCUCUUCAGAAUCCAAUCACGAUGAGAUACUCUUUGAAGAUGCAUUUGACUUGGCUUCAGGAUUCCUAGUCAAACCAGACCCGAAUACACUGACAGGAAUAAAGGAGGAAAGCAGCUCCAUCUUCACUCAUGUCUCCUCGGAAAACCUAGAAGAGACCCGCAUGCUCUACAAGGAGAUAAUCAACUUUGUGAUGGCUCAAUCUGGAACGGAGACACUCCAUUCACAGGAAAGUUCUCCAAACCUUGACGAUGAGACGGUUCUCCUGAGAUGCACAGAAACAUUUGAUGAUGAUCUUUAAUUGAUGGCACUUCUGCAAAAAGUUCUGCUAAAAGCAGAUUUGUGAUCUGUGGAAGGCAGGUUUGGUUUGCUGCCCUUAAAGUGCCAGAAUAACACCGGUCAUUUUCUAAAAUCCUUGGACGAUGAAGCUCUGGGAAAACAAACUGACAAUUUUCAAUAUCAGGCUUCCUUGGAGUGGAUUUACCAAGAUGAGUCAUGCACAAAUGUUUUGAAACAUAACUUGCACCGUUUUAUAAUAACUAAGAGGUAUGCACGUAAAUAGUCAUAAUUAAUUAAGAUCUUUUGAACAGCACACUCUUCUCGUGAUGAGAGCUGAUUGAAAUUCUUAUGACUACAAAUGUUCUGGUGUUCACAUUGUUUUAAGAUAGUUUUAAAUUAAAACAUUGUCAUCUUGGUGUCAUUGGGACCGUUGUGGAUUGUAAUGUUGUUGGUAUUGCAAUUAAACGCCAUUGGACUUCGUGUUUA